AUGUCGAUAUACGCCAUGCCAUCACUAGGCCUUGACUUUUCCAAGUCCUUGCUUGGGACGAGUUCCGGGUUCAAAUCUAUCCAAGAUCUCACAGAGAAGGGCCAAUCAACUCAAUCUUCCAACUCCACUCAGCUCAAAGAAGACAUCCAGUACUCCAGUUCUGUGCAAGUAGUGCUACCUAAAGAGAUUAUGCUUUCUUCAGGCAAAACCAUAUGCCUACAGCCGAAAAACCGUGGCCAAUACAACGAAGAACCGAUUCUCGAGAAAGCCACUUUGGCUUCAGACACUAUCCAAUUGAUAGACAUGGGAAAUCUUCGUCGCAAGCUUGAGAUUGAAAAGUUGAUCCACCAUCAAGAACCUAAAAAUACCAGUAAUAGGUUUAAAAAGACGUUUCAUGGAUUGAAAGACGGCAGACGCGUCGAUUCAUUAUGGACUGAGAAAUACCGACCUAAAUCCUUUUUCGAUCUUUUAGGAAACGAAAGGACCAAUCGACACAUAUUGGAGUGGCUUAACCAGUGGAACGAGGUUGUAUUUGGCAGGCCCACUCCGGAUCAGAUGAUGCCAGAAUAUUUACAAGCGAACCGACCUCAAACUGCGUCGUUAUUCUCCGAUCCAUUCCACAGGCCCUACAAAAGAGUGUUACUUAUCCAUGGAGCACCCGGAACCGGAAAAACCUCAAUUGCUCACGUUAUUUCCAAACAAUUGGGGUAUGAAGUGUCCGAAAUCAACGCCAGUGAUGAGCGGGCAGCCUCUGUGAUCAGGGAAAAGGUUCGAAACAGCGUCCAGAACGAGAGCCUCAGCGGUAAACCCGUCUGCUUAGUUGUGGACGAAGUGGACGGAGCCACUGAACAGGGAUUUGUUCGUUGUCUAUUGGAUCUACUGUAUAACGACCGUCGUGCGACAGAGAACAUCAAACUGGGAGAUACACGUGAUACGAAUCGGGGGAAGUCGCGUAAACGGCCGUCUCUUCUUAGAAGACCAAUUAUAGCUAUCUGUAACGAUGUUUAUGCACCUGCACUUGAAAAGUUGCGGCCCCUGUGUGAAGUGGUUUCAUUUAGAAGGUCUGGAGCACGACAGAUUAAAGCCCGGCUCCAGAAAAUAUGCGAAAGAGAAGGAUUAGCGAUGAAUGAGAAAAUUAUGGACGCCUUGGUAAUGUCUACAGGUGGGGAUGUGCGAAGCUGUAUCAACCACAUACAAUUUUACGGGGCAGAUGAAACUGAAACUGAAACUGAAAUUGAAAUUGAAACUGGAACUGGGACAGGGGCAGGGACACGGAGCAACAGGAAAGAUACCGAAGUUGCGUGGUAUUUACUGCUCGGCGACAUUUACACAAGAUCGGCAAAUGUUACAAAACAGCAACAAUUAGAAACAAUUAGGGACAAUCUCAGUAGGUGUUCACCGAGUGUCCUAGACCGAGUUACAGGGGGUUGUUUCAAUGCAAUGCUCGAGUGUGAUGGUGCAGGGAUGCGAAAGUUGGACCAGGUUUCCGAGUGGCUUUUCUUUGGGGAUUUGGUGAGCCGCAAUUAUCGAGUAUUUGAUCGCACAGACGUGGCGAAUUACGGCAGUGCAGCUGGAUUGAAGUUCUUCAAGACGUUCAACGAAGUGAAGGCUAUGGAAGCUAACAGUAGGCUUAGCUUCAGGAGCCGGGACGAGUACUUUGAACACAAAAAACAGGCGAGAGAAGUCAUAAAGAGGCUGAAGAGGAAGAUGGGACUGGUUUCUUGUGAUCGGCAGCACUUGGCAAGUAAUGAGAUACCACUCCUUAAUUCGGUAGUGAUUCCUACAGAACUAGGAAUCCGUCAAUUUGAAGAGAAUGCCGAAAAGGUGGCACAUUCAGUGAAUGUGGCUGAGUCACUUGGGCUUUACUAUGAAACUACAGAGGCUGCGAUGGUCGAAGGAGAGGAAGAGGAAGAAGCAGGUAGAUACAAUAAUCGAUAUGGGCUACGACGGAAGAUCCAUCGGUUCAGGCCGAAUUUAACACUCUUCCUGAUGUCUCGAGACACCAUCUCGAAACAGGACGUAUUCAUACAGAUGUUACAAGUGCAUGAGACCAAACACAGAGAAAGAGAAAGGGUGGCAGCGGAAAUGCAACGCAAACGACAGGUUGCUGUGGAAGCCAGGGAUAGAGAUAUGGAAGGAGAGCCUAAAAAGAAACAGAUGAAACACCCGGGAUCGUCAGUGGAAUAUUUCCAGCGUAAAUACAACCGACUAUCGACGCAGCUGAGCCACGAGACGGAUAAAAGUAGUCGAAAGCAUCUCGGUGGGUUGGAGAUGUUGGCAGGAGGAGCGAAAAUUGGGCAAAAACAGAAUGACGAGGCGCCUCUUCGAGGAGCUAUGAGCGAGAAUUCAAACCGAAUAUGGAUUAAGUAUCAUGAAGGAUUCAGUAAUGCUGUCAGAAAGGACAUUACAUGGGAGCAAAUCUUUUAA